AUGGCAGCUAGCAAGGACGACAUCCAAAACGGCUCAAUUGAGGCCACCCCGGAACUCGAGGAAAUCCGGGAGCCUGAUUCCGUUUAUGAACCCGGCAAGGACGACGCUGCAGAACCUGCAAAUGAAACCGUAGAUGCCGGCGAGGUAGGAAAGGAGCUUGGCGAGCUCAAGGAUGACAGUCUAGAUGAAAAUGCUGAAAAGCAGGCCGCUCAAACUGAAGAAGCAGACAGGGACAAGCCAGAGGCAGAAGAGGCCGGAAAGCCAGAGGUCGAAGAAGCGGAAAAGUCCGAAGAGGGCAAAGAAAACACCGAGAGCAAAGACGAGGGCCAGGAGCUCAAGACUCUAGGCAACACCAAGAAGAGAACCGAGGGCAAUGGCACCCAGGACCCUCAAAAGAGAAAGAGACAGAGAAGACGCCAGUACGACGACGCACCAAAAGAAGAGCCCGAGUCUGAGGAAGGCGAAGAGGAGAAAAUCAAGCACGACGAAAACGACGAUGACGACGACGACGACGAUGACAACUUGGGUGGGGUGGACGAGUCCAACAUCAUUUCGGGCGGCCGGAGAACCAGGGGAAAGAAGAUCGACUACACGAAGGCCAACGAGGAGUUGCAGCUUCCUGAGGACGACGAGGAGGACGACGAGGAGUUUGAAGACAAGGGCGGGGACGACGAGUAG